AUGCUAGAAAUUGGUCCAUUAGCUUUUGAUGUUGCAGAUUUUGAUGGAAGCUUACCAUCUAUUCUCCUAAAUCCACAUUCAUGGACAAAGGUUGCCAAUAUCCUAUUCAUUGAUUGGCCUGUUGGUACUGGAUUUUCAUAUGCAAACACAUCAAAAGGUUACUCUUCCUCAGACACAAAAUCAACGAAAGAUAAUUAUACAUUUCUUAGGAAGUGGUUAUUGAAUCACCCCAUGUUUAUCAAAAAUCGUCUAUAUGUUGCGGGUGAAUCCUAUGGAGGCAAACUUGUUCCCAUGAUUGCCAUGGAAAUAUUACUAGGAAAUGAAGCCGGAUUGCAGCCACAAAUGUCCCUCCAAGGAUACAUUAUUGGCAAUGGAUUAACGGAUCCAAACAUUGAUUUUAAUGAAAGAAUUCCAUACGCUCACCGCAUGGCACUUAUAUCCGAUAAAUAUUUUGAGUUAGCAAAAGUUAGCUGUGAUGGAAAAUAUGAUAAUCCUGAUCCAAAUAAUGUGCAAUGUCUUUUAGCUCUUCAACCUAUCCAAGAGUGCAUAAACAGUUUAAAUGAAGCUCAGUUAUUGGAACCAAAAUGUAAAUUCAUAGCACCAAAACCAGGUGAUUUUGGAUGGGAUCAAACAUUUCGGGAAGGCAAUUCAGUUGACCAUCUUUUCCUCCCAACAUCCGGACAUGAUCGACUGUGGUGUCGCACUCAAAAUUAUGUAACAUCUUAUGUUUGGGCUAAUGAUCCAGCUGUCCGAGAAGCUCUUCAUAUUAGAAAGGGGACAAUAGGAGAUUGGACGAGAUGCAACAAGAGCUUAUCUUAUGAAGAGAAUCAAGAAAGUGUUACUCAUUAUCAUAAAAUUUUCAGUGAAAAAGGAUACAACGUUUUAAUUUAUAAUGGUGAUCAUGACAUGUUUGCACCUUAUACGGGUCCUUUAAAAUGGAUUCGCAGUCUCGAUUUGACUGUUGAUGAUGACUGGAGACCUUGGCAUGUUAACGCCCAAGUUGCAGGAUAUACAUUGAAGUAUAAGAAGAACGAUUUCAGUCUCACAUUUGUAACAGUGAAGGGUGCAGGUCAUACCGCACCGGAGUACAAACCUAUAGAAUGUCUUGCGAUGUUACACCGAUGGCUCUCAAUAUGGCCUUUAUAGGUAUGUAUAGACAGACGCGCGUGUUUUUUGGCUCUCAAUACGUCAUUUGUUACACAUUUUUAGAUUGUAAACUCGACAAAUAUCGUAUAUUUUUUAUUUCAAUUAAUGAAACUUGUUAUUUUUUCAAGAGCAAAUGCACAAGUAACUUAAAUUCGAUUAUAUUUA